AUGAAAUCGAAGUCGAAAGAAGAGUUGCAUCGUCUGGAGAAGUUUAAUUGUGAGUCCGGAGAUACGCCGACGGACUGGCCAUCAAGUCUGGUGGUAGUCAAAAAGCCUAGUGGGAAAUUACGGGUAUGUAUUGAUCACAAACCACUAAAUAUGAAACUCAAGUGAAGUCUUUAUCCAUUAACAGUAAUUGAUGAUCUCCAUCCUGUUUAGCAAAGGCCAAGCUUUCAGGUUCAAGAUGUUAAAAAAGGAUUUUAGCAUGUACGUCUGGACGAAGAAUCGAGUUUCCUAACAACGUUCGGUACUCCGUUCGGAAGAUUUCGCGGGUUAAAAAUGCCAUUUGGCAUCUCUCCUGUACCAGAGUAUUUCCAGAAUCGCUUGGAUCAAACUAUCGAGGGUCUUCCGGGAGUUCUGAUAGUUUCGGAUUAUCUUAAUUAGUGGGAAAGGAGAUACGCUAUAAGGGGCAAUUCAAGAUCAAAAUGCAAAACUUUUGGCACUGUUGGGUGGAUGCAGAGAGACGGAUGUGAAGUUGAACAGAGAAAAGUUCAAGCUCAAAAUAACCGAGAUUCUUUAUGUUCGUCAUUUGCUGACGUCAAAUCGAUUGAAACCAGAUCAGUCCAAAAUCGAAGCUGUCCAACAGAUGGUUCGUCCAGUCGAUGUGAAAGGCGUUCAACGAUUGAUUGGUUUAGUAAAAUAUUUAGCAAGAUUUUUGGUUGGAUUGGCAGAUGUAUGUGAGCCUAUUCCACAAUUGGCGCGCAAGGGUAGAGAUUGGCGGUGGAAUGAAGAACAGGAAAGUGGUUAUGUGAAGAUCAAAGAACCAAUCGUAAGUGCCCCUCUUUUGAGAUAUUUGAUUCGUCAUUGGAAACGAAGUUACAAUGUGAUGCUUCCGACAUUGGUCUUGGAGCCUCGUUGAUGCAAAAUGGCCAAAGGUGGUAUAUUCUUCACGUUCACAACUAUACUCAAAUUGGUUUAGUCAGUACACUUAUAGACGUAAAGUGAUUGUGAAAGCGAUCACAAACCACUGGAAAGUGUAUAUGUAUGCACGAAAACUUUUGUCGCUGUACCAAAGAGAUUACAGAGAAUGCUGUACACCUCCAUAAAUAUGAUCUGAAGGUUGUUUCAAGCCGGGUAAGCAUAUAUAUGCGCGUUAGCUGAUACGUUGUCUCGAGCACCGGUUACGACUGCUGGACCAAGUUCGGAAGUAUUGGCUGUUCAGAAGCAGAUAGAUCGAAGGUAUCAAAAUGGAGGAUUUCAUGCUUAUUCGUCAGCAUAAGGGUGAACGAGCUCUUGAUAUAUUGAUAUAUUGAUUCGAAGGGAUCAAAAGACAAUAAAAAGCUAGCGGGUGAUAAUCAGUUAUUCAGUUGUGUGUCGGGGAUGGAAUUGUAGGCUAUACUAAUAAUACUAUGGUAAUCGGUGUGGCUCUUAGAGCAAGUAUUCUGCCCCAGACAGUCAUACAUGUGGGUAUAUAUGGAAGGGUGUCUAAGCCAAGCCUGAGAAAGUAUUUAUUGUCCGGGGAUGAAUGGUGGCAGUAAGGAAGUUCGUGAGCAGAUACGAAGUAUGUCGUGCGUGCGCAGUUGCCCAUUCGAAGGGGAAGUUAUAACCUCAUGAAGUUCCGAGUAAACCCUGGUGCAAAGUUGCAGUGGAUCUUUUUUAAUUGGACCAGGGACAGUAUUUAGUGACGUGAGAUUAUUACAGUAAUUUGUGGGAAGUAGAUUAAUUGGAAUCGAACGCAACGUCCAAGACAGUCAUCGGAAAGUUGCGACAACAAUUCGCGCAGUCGAAUGGGAUGGUAGAAUGUGCCGUCAAGACCGUUAAAAAGAACUCAAGGGGCUGGUUGUAUAAAAACGUCGUUAACUUUAAGUAUGAUUAGCGUUAAUCACUGUAGUUAAAUCCUUAACUAUAAUUAGUUGAUUACACGACUUAAUUGCGUUGCACAAAAUGUAGUUUGUCGGGUGAUUAACUAAUCACUUAUUAAACAGUAAAAUUACAUAAAGUAAAGACUGAUUAAUGACCGCUUACAAGCAUGAUUGUGGACUCGCAUUUUUCAAAUAAGCGGGAAUUUUAUUCAAAAUAAUGAAAAAUAAACAAGAAAGCAAGGAAAAGUCAAGUAAGAAGGACAUUUGAACUUGAGAUGUCAACGUUAAUGAAACCAAAGUGUAACUAGUUGUUUGGCAAUUAUACAUCCUGUUUCUUCGUGUAAUAGGCCCUACGUCGUCUUCAAAAAAUCUUCCCGCGCAAAAAUAUAUCAGUUGUUUUUGCCAAAAAACCAAAACAAUCUAUGGCGUUUGAAGAGUUUAUAUUGUCAGAAAACAUUCACAGAGAAUAUAGCGAUUGAAAAUCCCAGGUCAGCAUUACUUUUCAUCAUUGUUUUACUGGAAAAUGUUGUUCCCUCCUAUACUAGCGCCAUUUUUAACAACGUUUUGAGAAAUUAACGAUACCCUAAGCAUCUUUAAAUUUAACUCCGUUUUAACUACGGUUAACGCUAACUACUUUUUUAUUCAACCGAGUUAACUACGGUGAUGAGAGUAAAUCACUAUUUAACUACAAAAUAGUGAUUAAAAAAGUGAUUAAGAGUUUUAUACAACCGGUCCCUGGUGAAGAAUGCUAAGAUGUUGUACGUGGACAACGCUGCCUUCGGAAAGUGCGUUGUUACAGCCACAUGCUAGUUACAAGCGAUGCAUAACUACAACAAGCAUGUUCGAGACCAACCGUCGUUGAACGAAUGUAAUAUGGUACGAGUACAGUCUGUGGAUCGUCCUAAUAACCUUGACUGAAAGCUCAAGGCAGAAAGCUCAACUUUGCGCAAGUACAAAAGGAAGUGGGAUUGAGGUCUUAUGACGUUUGCAUGAAGAGAGGUGCUGUGCUCAGGAGAAAUCGACGACAUCUAAAGAGAACUUAAGAGGAGUCGUGCAAAUUCCAAGAUCAAUGACUCUGACGAAUGAAGUGAUGCAAGAACAGAACCACGUUGGAAUAUUGAUGUUGUUACAGGGAAGGAUGGAAGGACAUGCACGUAAUGCAUCGUGAUAGAACAGAUUUCAGUUUAAUUAAUCGCCCUAAAUUAAAAUCUCCACAAGCGGAGGUCAAAUUAUAGUGUUCUAGUUUACAUAUUAUCAUUAAUGAUAAGGUUAAUUCAAAGAGCGUAUUAAACUGGAUAAACACGAGAAUAGAACUUAUGGUGUGUUCUGCACAUGCGUAUAUCUAGGAUAAAAUCCCACAAGCGCAAACGAAACUAUUUCUCUAUAAAGUUGAGCUGAAAGGACUCACAGUGACCGUUUUGGCAGUGCUUCAGGCGCCCGAUGAUAUUGUAUGAGGGGCCUUUAGUACUGUCAACUUCUCAUCUUGAGAUGUUCACGUUAUCGCGUGUACUUGUCAGAAUGACGAAGGAUUGCGAAUAAUGUCUGUGUGCACUGAUACACGCUGCUUUAUUUUUAAUAAUGCUGUGUGCACGCUGCAUUAUUUUUAAUAAUGCUGUGUGCACGCUGCAUUAUUUUUAAUAAUGCUGUGUGCACGCUGCAUUAUUUUUAAUAAUGCUGUGUGCACGCUGCAUUCGCUGAUAUAAUGCAGAGAGAAAACAAUAGGUUAUUAUGACCGUCAGUAAUUAUUUAUGAAUAAACGUUGACUAACAUAGAUAAUGAGUUAUAUUGUUAUUCUAAUGAGUUUCACAGCCAUCUUCCCUUCGAUAGGCUAUGGUUGUAGCGUUUAGGAGUUUGUCAUUCGUGCUUGUAAUCGUCGUGAAUAACGUUCAUGUCCGUACUUGUUGUACUGUCCGUACUUUAUACGAACUGGCACGAAAAGGAGUAAAGGAGUUUUAGAUCAAAUUUAGAUUUGAAGGAGUUUUAUAUCAUUUAUCAGAUUUAAAGGAUCUAUCGAUUGAAACAAUCUUAAUUUUUAUUGUCGUAUCCUUUUAAUGCAAUGCAAUGCGACCAAGCUUGUUCCGCAAUUUUUGGAUGAAAAACAAAAAUAGAUGACGAGAAUAAAAUAUGUAAUACUUCACCAAAUUCAUUCAUUUGCUUCUUCCAAUUAUUCAGUAUAUCCAGGCAGAUGCCCAUGAAACAUAUGGCGGACAAGGCCUGUUUGCAAACCGUGGGAAAGGCUCAUCAGUUAAAUUCCCACGUACCAGAUAAACGAUCAUGUUCAACGUUCAAAAAGUUCAAUAUACUGAUAUAUAUGGCGGUUAUUACAACUUAAGCUCUUUUUCGGCGAAUUUUAUCGGAGCAUUAUUGAUGGUCAGAAAGAUUUGUUAUCCGGCUAGAAAUUAAAUAAUGGUUUAUGUGGCUUUUUAUCAAUGAAAUAAACCGGUAGAUUCUUGCCUAGACUUGGUUAGUAAUCUCUUAAAUGAAACCACAGUUCACUGUCGGCUAAACGAUGUCGGCAUAAUACGUGAGCUUGAAAGACUGCAAGACCAUUAUAAUGCCGUUUCGGGCGUUACGACUAACAAUAUGACCAAUUUGAUAAUUAAAAUCUAAAUCAACUAGAUAAUCUUUGCAAGCUUUUUAUGGUAUAUAAUCUUUCUAUCAUGUACAAUUUUUCUCAGUCACUAUCGGUUGAUCAAAUUCGUUUGAUUAAAACAAGAUUCGCAGAAUUUUGCGUUGCUUGUUGAUCUGUUUAUACUUUACCAAAGCUAUUAAAGUAAAAAAAGUUUUUUUAUUCCAGGCCUUGGGGUUUCAUCUAGCCAUGCAAAACCAACCAAAUAGUACAUCGGGGAAGAUGGAGAACGGUCCACCGGUAAAAGUUUUGAAUGAACGUAAUUUGACAAUUGUGCGAAGAAUUGCGAAUGACUGGCAAAAACUGACACCAAAACGGCAGACAAGGAAACGUUACAUGAAGUAUGAGGAGAUGCUGAUGCAGGAAAUCCCUGGUGCGAGUAAGAAGACGAAUCAGGCAAUGCAUGCAGUACUUGAGAGUGAUCUGGAGGAUACUGAAGAUGAUAGAGGGAAGGGAAUGGGCGCAACAGUUAAAGUCAGGUAAACUUUGAUCUAUUUCAACUAUUACCUUUGACUUCUAUAGAAUUCGCACUUGGAAGACUCAAUGUUGCAAGUGUCUGAUGUCAUGCAAGUGUCCAACGUUCUAAUUAUGUCACUUUCCUAUUUAAGAACAACGGAUUAGAAGAUUAACAUAUUCCUUCGCAACGAAGAAAUACAUGGGUAGAGAUACAGUUUGACUUACUGGUUUUUCAUGUUGCAAAAAUCAGACACGUUACGUUUUGUUUUAUUUUAUAAGAUUUGCCACACACAAACAUAAAUACCACUAAACUAUAAAAUACAACUAAUUACGCAAUGUUACAGAAUUUACAUACAGUACGGGCAGGGACUGACUGAUAAUUUUGUGUUGUGGGAUAAUGACUGUAAAUAAAGAUCUCAGUUCAUAAUAAUAUGGACACAGAAAGUUAUACACAUGUAUGUCCGACUUUGUGUGAAUACUUUGCUCUUAGCGCAAUCACAGUUAAUAUAUAUGACAUGGUUUAGAAACCCUUUGUUUUAGGUGAUUGUGUACCUUGUGCUGGGUCACGGUUGAAAAAUCCUUUGUCUUUCUAUUGUUUUGACAAUAGUCAGUUCAGACAGCUUGGCGUAAGGAAUGGGUACCAUGCAACUGCUUGUUUUGCCUACCAGAGCUAUAUCUUACGGCAUAUUUUGCCAAUAACGAAGUAUUACUACCAUAUUUCGAUGGAGAAUGUUUGUAGUGUUACAUCGUUUGGUCAAUUCUCAUUGAUUAAAACCAAUAUGUGCAGGGUCAAACAGACUGUUCAACCUCCAUGUUUGUUUAUAGCGUAAUUUUUUUAUAAGUUUGCCAGGUUUCCUAACCAGGUAUUAUAACAACCAUGCACAAAUGAACGCCAUGUUCCUUGCCAUCUUAAUUAAGGGAAGGCCGUCGGCUGUCACACCCUGAAAACAUCAUAAUAGCGGCUUCGUUUAGACGUUCAAUAUUCAGGGGUGUGACCCUAGCUAUGUCGACUGUAUUGCGAACGAGUUGCAUGCCGUUACGGCGGGUUUCGGCUGAGUCGGACAUCUGUAACGUAUUUACUCUGCGAUAUGAGCCUGAUGUAAGAUAAGAGUGCUAUAUUUGAUGUUGACAAAAAUUUAACAAAUUUACAAGAUAGAAACAAUACAAAAUAUUUUAAUGCUAAUACGUUUGAUUCCCUUUGGAUGCUCUGAUGACAUGACUAAUUUGAUAAUGAUGUUUGUGAUGUUAUUCGGAUUGUGCAUCCACGCUGGGCAAGCUGAAAAGUCUGUCUGACCACGGUGGGAAUCGAACCCGCGACAUUUGGGAUACUAGUCCAAUGCUCUACCAGAGUCGCGGAAUUCGAUUCCCACCGUGGACAGGCAAACGUUUCAGUUUGCCCUGUGUGGACGCACAGUAACAUCACAAACAUCGUAUUAACCUGAGUACAUAACACCAACACGCACAAAAAUCAUUGAUAUCUUAGAAUUCAUUGAUGUCGAAGCAACCAGACUCAGUUCCGAAAUAUCACCAACUUGAAGCUACUUGACCUCGUAGCUCAGUUAGUAUAGAGUAUUGGACUAGUAUUCCGAAAGUCGCGGGUUUGAUUCCCUCCGUAUUCCAAAGGUCGCGGGUUUGAUUCCCACCGUUUCACUCACUGGUUUGUUACAACUUGUGUGUUUUUACGUGUGAUAGUGAAUAGUAAUAUUCUUUUAAUUAAACUAUACAAUUUAACUCCUAUAAAACAACAACCUUUCGGGACUGAGGCACACAAAUGCCCGGGUUGCUCAAGAGAGAUUAUAAUAAUAGUGUUGAUGGUUUUUGGUAGAUGGGAUUUUGAAGGAAAUGUUUAUUUACAAGUUUCAGAACAAGCACUCUCGGGCAGUGAUCGAACUUGCGGUCCUGCGAUUCCUGUGCAACACUCUGACCAACUGAGCUACAGAGACCAGAUCGAUGCUGAGGGGCUGUUGUGAAAAAUACAAUAAUGGGAAUUCUCAGAAAUACUUCUCAUGAUUAUAGGUGUAAUAAAUGUAUAAAAUUCACGAAAUUCCCAUCUCUACAAAAACCGUUGGAGUGUUUGUGUUGGCCACCUUAAAUAGGACGGGGAUGGCAAACAUGCCAAACAAACUCGUUGAACCAAAUGUUUGCAGAAGAAAAUCUGUCGUGUAUUCUCCGUCGUAUGAAAAUAAUACAGUUUAAGGAUAAAGAUUUACACAAGGUUUAUGAUUGGGAAAAGCUCUACGAAAUAAUUUAAAUAGCAAUUGUCCCAGCUUGAAAUAUAAGCGUUGUAUCCAAGACGUAAUAAUCUAUAUUUUGCCGUUGUAAACAGAGUAGCGGCUACGUCUAAAACUUCUGUAGGGUUUUAAUUGUUAAUUUUGUUUACUUUUUUUUAUUUGCCAUCACACUAUAUACAUUCAUUGGCUUAUACAUUCAUGUGACUUCAAUAGUUAUACGAAAAACAAUUUACAAGCUGUACUAAAAACACAAUAACAAUACUUGAACAACAGUCAUUACAUUAUGUUCGAAAAACAGCAUGACAGCAUGUCAAUGUAUGGAGAGUUCGUUAAACUGCGAGAGGAUUGACAUUUUUUGACGCACUUCUCCAUGUGAGGGGAUCCUCAACAUCGUAUGUAUUUUUAAUACUAAUAUAUAGUACUUAAAAAGAAGAUUCUUGAAUUCUGAAAAUGUUCGGUCUUUCGAUGCAAUGUGAUUAGGUAUAGUGUGUUCCAUAUUCUUGUUGCUAGGAUUUUGUAAUUUCUGCUCAUUUUCUUGCAUUAAUAUGAUAUCAAUAACCGUCAUCGUUGCACUUUUGUCCUACCUGUCGAGGUUCUUAAUAACUGUAGUUAUUUAUAAUUUUAAAAGACAGUGGAAAAUUUAAAGCACUUUCUUGUCACGCCCCCGUGCUAUAGAUUAAGCUUUGCUUAAGUUGCUAUUCUAUUUUCAGGAACCAUGCAUUGAUCCACUAUAUCGCGCAGUUGGCAAGUUCAAAUAACGACAACGAUACAUUUGAUUUCUCCUUCGUUGAGUCAUUAUUGAAGAACGGUGCAGAUAUUAAUGCGAGAGAUAAACAUGGUCAGACAAUAUUUCAUGAAGUUGCAAGAAGUUGGCAUUUGGAUGUCGCCCAGUUCUUGCUGAAGAAUG